AUGCAACAUGCAGCAAGCAGGGAUUAUAAACAAAAAAGGGCAAAACCUAACAAUGAGGAAGAUUUUGAAGAUCUCAUCAGCCAAUUGCCAGAUGGAAUCCCGGUGGCCAUUUUAUCUAAAUUGCCAAUAAAUGAUGCUGCAAGGACCAGCAUCCUCUCAAGAAAAUGGAGAAAUCUAUGGACCUUUUUUUCUGGGACCUUAGAAUUUGAUGGUUCACCUAUUAUGAAAGACAUGAAAAAAGACAUUAAGAAGGUUUCAGGAAGGCAUUUGCAGAUGGCAAUGCAGAUCAUGUAUGAUGCUGAAAUUCAAAUAUAUACAAGUUGGAUCACUGAAUUGUUGCGUUCCCUUAAGAGUUCGACUCUACAAGGAUUGAAAUUUUGGUUUCAUGUGGGUAGUGGGUGUGAUAUUGAUAAGUGGGUUCACUUCGCCAUUCAAAAGAAGGUUCAAAAGCUUGAGCUGUAUUUUGGGCAUAGAUUUGCAUAUGUUCUUCCAUUGCACCUGUUUAAACUUGCAAGUUAUAAUUCCUUGUGUGUCUUGCGUCUGAAAUUCAUUACUGUGACCAAAGAGAUGCUAGAGUAUUUACUGUGUUGCUGUCCAUUACUUGAAACAUUGAGCUUGGUUAACUCAGGAGUUCCAAAAACUAUGAACGUUUCAGGUCCAUCACUCAAGCUGAAAUGUCUAGAAUUGGUAAGGUGUUGGGAUCUGGUAAGCCUUGAAAUUUUUGCUGAGAAUUUAGCAUCAUUCAAAUACUAUGGAUCCCAUUUGAACACAGAAUUUAAGAGUGUUCCAAGUCUUGUGGAAGCAACAUUUGGAGGAUCGUUUGUGGAAUUCAUCAGAGAAAGCUUUCUCCCACAAAUAAAAGUGCUUAAACUGGAUAUUACACAAAACGUACCUGAAGUGAUUUACUGGCUAAGUCAACUACCCAAGUUGAAACAUCUCAAGCAUUUGGAGUUGGUUGCUUGUGCUGAUGAUGGCAUCACACAUGGUGCUUGUGCACUGCUUUUAAAGGCAUCACCUUCGCUAUGGAGGUUCACAGUCAAGAUGUUAAAUACCAAACCCACUUUUAGAACAGAAGACAAAUUUACAAUGGAACGCCAAUCCAAUCUUAAAGAGUUGGAAUUGGUUGGGUUUUGUGGAGCAGCAUGUGAGGUUGAAUUAAUUAUGCACAUGCUUGAGAAUGCAGUUGAACUCCAGAAGAUAACUAUUGAUACAAGGUUACCAACUAAACCAAAAUUGGGACCACUAGGGGAGCACUUCAAAACUUGGGAUCAUGAGGAAAACAGAAAGCGUGCUACGGAACUGAAGGAGAAAAUACCACCUUGGAUUAAGUUCGUUUGUCUUUGA